AUGGACGUCCACACUCUGGCGACGCAGCUAAAGAGCCCCGUGGGCAAAAAUGACGCACUGGACGAUCUUCGCAUCCGCCUGACGGAGGACAACAUCGAUGCAGAACAGCGCAAACGGCUCGAAAAGCGCCUGCGCCUGAAGGUCGAUCUGCGCCUCUGCUCCAUUGCCGGCAUCCUGUGCAGCCUCAACCUGCUCGACUCGGGCAUCAUCUCGUCCGCGUCGGUGACGAGCAUGCUGCACGACCUGCAGCUGGAAGGGAACCGCUACUCGGUUGCCAUCUUCAUCUUCACCGUCGCCAGCGUCGUCUUCCAGCUGCCGUCAACUGUGGCUGUGCGCUUGGUUGGUCCGCGCCUCUGGUUCGCCCUCAUCACCUUCUGCUUCGGCUUGUUCACCCUCUGCUCCGCCUUCGUGCAGACCUGGCGCCAGAUGGUCGCCCUGCGCGUGCUGCUGGGCAUCUCCAUGUCCGGCAUCUACCCGGGCUUGACCUAUCUCAUCAGCACCUGGUACACGCGCCGCGAGCAGCAGUUGCGCUUCGCCUUCCUGCAGUCGGGCGAGGUGCUCGUGCUGGCGACUGGCAACAUCGUCAACUACGGUCUCAACCACCUGGACGGCCGCGCCGGACUGGCGGGGUGGCGCUGGAUGUUCAUCGUGCAGGGGCUCAUCACCUGCGUCAUCAGCAUCGUCACGUACUGGUGGAUGGUCGAUUUCCCCGAAAAGGCGCACCACAGCGUCUGGUUUCUGUCCGACGCGGAGAUUGAGUUGGCGACGCAGCGGAUCCAGGCUGAUCGAGACGACGUCCUGCUCGAGCCGUUCUCGUGGUCCAAGGUCCUGGUUCACUUCCUCGAUCCGAAACUGUACGGCUUUUCGUGUCUUUUCUUCCUGCUGAACCUGGUUUCGACGUCUCUGUCGUAUUUCCUGCCCAUCAUUCUGCAGUCGGGCAUGGGAUUUUCCGAGAAUGCGUCGAUUGUUCUGUCUGCGCCGCCAUACUACUGGGCCGUCAUCCCCGUCCUCUUCACCUCGCUGAUCGGCGAUCGAUACCGCAUGCGCGGGCCCCUAAUCACCCUCAACGCGCUGAUGCUCAUUGCCGGCUUCCUGAUGUUCGGCCUACCAGUGUCCAAGCAAGUCACGGUGCGGUACAUCGGCACGUAUCUGGCGACGGGGGCCUAUGUGUCGAACUGGGCGGCGCUGAACGCGUACCAGGCGAACAACAUCGUCGGGCAGUGGAAGCGGGCGACCACGGCGGCGGCCAUCACGGCAUGCAACGGGCUGGGCGGGAUCGCGGGGAGCUUCAUCGUGCGGGCGCAAGAGGCGCCUGAGUAUCAGACGGCGGUGUGGGUGUCAAUUGGCUCACACAUCCUGAUGAUCGUAAUCAUCGGCCUCUUCACAAUCCACUUCUACAUGAGCAAUCGAAAGCAGAGCCAGGGCCGGACGGUGAUCGAAGGGAGGAAUCCUGUCGAUAGAAUAGAAAUGGUUUACUUGGUAUAUGCUAUCCUAUCCUAUCCUAUCCUAUCCUAUCCACGUACAAAUGAGACUUUGUCCAGCUAUAUACUUCAGUUGCCACUGCCACUCCCCAGAGGUAGUACACACACAGACACACAAAAAAAAGUUAAAGUGUAG